AGCAGCCGGCUGGGGCGCCACAAACGCUGUUGUCUUCGCUUUAGUUUGUGUCAAAGUGACUCAAAGUCACACAACACUGGCGGGCGACUGCCGCCUUUUUACCCUGUGGUCUUUCCCAUCCAGGCGUCCAGAGGGUGAGCCCCUGCCCUCCAGGACCCCUCCCUUCCAGGACCCCACCCGUCUGGGACUCAGGCCUUCCCUGACUCCUCCCUCCCGGACUCACCCCUCCCAGAUCCCUCCCCUCCGGGACCCUUUUCCCUCCCGGGCCCCCUCCCCUCCGGGAACCCCUCCCCUCCCGGACUCACCCCUCCCAGAUCCCUCCCCACCAGGACCCCUCCCGUCUCGGGACCCCUCUCCUCCGAGACCCCAUCCCUCCCUGACCCCUGCCCUCCCGGACCCCUGCGGGACUAGAUGUAUACAGCUGAGACCAUAUCACGGUUCUCACCCCUGCUCUACCCUCCCGAACCCCUGCUCUCCCGGACGCGUGGACUCCAGCUCCUGCCUGGGCCCCCAAAGCGCCGAACCCAUGGUCACUUCUAUGCGUAGCCCUGGUGCCCGCCGCCCAGAGCCGGACCGCACUCCUCGGCCCCCGCCUAACCCCUGGCUCAGCCACACGAGUGACAGCUCUGCCCGCCCGGGCUGGCGACGCCGAGGGGUGGGCUCGGCCCCACCUGAGCAGGUCCCCAGCGCCCCUCUGAAACCCGCCUGUGGUCCCUGGCGCCGCCUCUAGGGGCCGCCGCCGCUCCCCUAUGACACAGCAACAAUAGGGGCCGCUCUGGUCCAAGCGCCCCGCGGCCCGCGCUUCCGCCGGAAAAGAGCCGCCGGCGCGGGGGCGGACCGGGGAGGAGCGAGUGCGAUGGACGGUCGCCCUUGCCAAUCGUUAGCAGGUUAGGGCCGGCAACGCGGCCUACGGGGCCCAAUUGGCGGCGAGAGCGGCAGGCGGGGCGGGCUGAGCGCGGGCUUCCGGCGGGGCCCGGCAGGCGCCGAGGAGGAAGAGCGAGCCCGGACGGCGCCUCUCGAACGAGUGUGGGCGCGAGGCAGGAUGACGACCUCAGGCGCGCUCUUUCCAAGCCUGGUGCCAGGCUCUCGGGGCGCCUCCAACAAGUACUUGGUGGAGUUUCGGGCGGGAAAGAUGUCCCUGAAGGGGACCACCGUGACUCCGGAUAAGCGGAAAGGGCUGGUGUACAUUCAGCAGACGGACGACUCGCUUAUUCACUUCUGCUGGAAGGACAGGACGUCCGGGAACGUGGAAGACGACUUGAUCAUCUUCCCUGACGACUGUGAGUUCAAGCGGGUGCCGCAGUGCCCCAGCGGGAGGGUCUACGUGCUGAAGUUCAAGGCAGGGUCCAAGCGGCUUUUCUUCUGGAUGCAGGAACCCAAGACAGACCAGGAUGAGGAGCACUGCCGGAAAGUCAACGAGUAUCUGAACAACCCCCCAAUGCCUGGGGCGCUGGGGGCCAGUGGGAGCAGCGGCCACGAGCUCUCUGCACUAGGCGGUGAGGGUGGCCUGCAGAGCCUGCUGGGAAACAUGAGCCACAGCCAGCUCAUGCAGCUCAUCGGACCAGCCGGCCUCGGAGGACUGGGUGGGCUGGGGGCCCUGACUGGACCUGGCCUGGCCAGCUUACUGGGGAGCAGCGGGCCUCCAGGGAGCAGCUCCUCCUCCAGCUCCCGGAGCCAGUCGGCAGCGGUCACCCCGUCAUCCACCACCUCUUCCACCCGUGCCACCCCAGCCCCUUCUGCUCCAGCAGCUGCCUCAGCAACUAGCCCGAGCCCCGCGCCCAGUUCUGGGAAUGGAGCCAGCACAGCAGCCAGCCCGACCCAGCCCAUCCAGCUGAGCGACCUCCAGAGCAUCCUGGCCACGAUGAACGUACCAGCCGGGCCAGCAGGCGGCCAGCAAGUGGACCUGGCCAGUGUGCUGACGCCGGAGAUAAUGGCUCCCAUCCUCGCCAACGCGGACGUCCAGGAGCGCCUGCUUCCCUACUUGCCAUCUGGGGAGUCACUGCCGCAGACCGCGGAUGAGAUCCAGAAUACCCUGACCUCGCCCCAGUUCCAGCAGGCCCUGGGCAUGUUCAGCGCAGCCUUGGCCUCGGGGCAGCUGGGCCCCCUCAUGUGCCAGUUCGGUCUGCCUGCAGAGGCCGUGGAGGCCGCCAACAAGGGCGAUGUGGAAGCGUUUGCCAAAGCCAUGCAGAACAACGCCAAGCCCGAGCAGAAAGAAGGCGACACGAAGGACAAGAAGGACGAAGAGGAGGACAUGAGCCUGGACUGAGCCAUGCGCCGUCCUCUGAGGAACUGGGCGCUUGCAGUGCGUUGCACACCCUCACUUCCCACCCACUGAUAAUAAAGUCUUUUCUUUUACCUGCCAA